AUGCGCGACGGAGCUCGCACCGUAUCGCCGGUUCGUAUCAGCGGAUUUCAAUUGGCGACCUGUGAACUGGAGGUGGAUUCGUGAACGAAAAUGACGGCAGAAAUCAACUUUGCCCGGCUCCUACGCCAGCUUCCGGAGCUGCGGACGGCUUUGGUGGAGAAUCGGAAGAUGGUUCUUGUUCCAGCAGCGGCGAUCGUUGGAUACUUAGUUCUGCGCGAUCCAGCCAAGAAUGCUCUCCACCGUUUUUUCGCUCACUUUUACAGCGACUGGCUCCUCGAAGAUGUCAACUUGGUGCUCCAACCUUUUCGAGAAUUCCUGGGAGAUCAGCUAGCUUCGCAGAAGGCUCAAAGCCCGCAUUCCCAUGAUAAUGAGCCCCUGAGCAUACUGGAGAUUGGAAUGGGGCCAGGGUCCAGUCUGGACUUCUACCCGAAGGACAGCAGGAUCGUCGCCGUGGAGCCGAAUCCCUACUUCGUCGACAGGCUGCUCAAGCUGCAGGAGUCGCACCCAAACCUCGUAAAAGUCAUACACGGUUCCGCCGAGGAUCUCAGAGACAUCCCUAGUGAAUCGAUUGAUGCCGUGGUCAGCACUCUGGUCUUAUGCUCGGUGUCGGAUCUCGACAAAAGCAUCAAGGAAGUCAAGCGGGUUUUGGUUAAGGGAGGCAGAUUCUACUUCUUCGAGCACCAGGCCUGUCCUAAGUCAUGGAGACGCUACUUGCUGCAAAUCGUAGCAAAUCCCCUCUGGAGGAUCGUUUUUGAUGGAUGCAAUUUGCAUCGACAAAUCCACCGACAAAUAGAGGCCAAUGGAUUCGAGAUGGACCACGCCAAACUUAAUGCCGGAGCCAGCUGGUAUGUCUGCCAAGCGGGGACGGAGGGAUAUGUUGUGAAAAGAAGAACUCUGAUGAUGGCAGUUGAGGUCAACUUCGCACGCUUCCUGCAGCAACUACCGGCGAUCCGAACCUCCGUGAUUGAAAAUCGAAGAAUGAUUCUUAUACCGACAGCGGCUGUUUUCGGAUACUUGGUCCUGCGUGAUCCCGUCAAAGACGGGCUUGAUCGCUUUUUCGCGUACAUAUACAACACUUAUCUACUCAAAGAUGUCAACCUGGCGCUGCGAGCAUACCGUGAACACAUGAGGGAAGAGCUCGCCUCUCAGGAAACCCUGGAUCCCCAUUCGCACAAUGACGAGUCCCUCCGAAUACUGGAAAUCGGUAUGGGACCCGGCGUCAAUUUGGAUUUCUACCCAGCAAACAGCCGAGUUAUCGGUGUCGAACCGAAUCCCUACUUCGUUGAUCAACUCAUUCAGCUGCAAAAAUCGCACAGAAAUUUCGUCAAAGUCAUCCGAGGCUUCGCUGAGGAUCUGCGAGACAUCUCGACCGAAUCCGUUGACGCUGUCGUUGCCACUCUCGUCUUGUGCUCGGUGAAGGAUCUCGACAAGAGUCUCAAAGAAGUCAAGAGAGUGCUGGUGAAGGGGGGCAGAUUCUACUUUUUCGAGCAUCAAGCUUGCCAAGUAUCCUGGAAACGUUAUUUGCUGCAGAUUAUAGCGAACCCUUUCUGGAAGAUCGUUUUCGAUGGAUGCAAUUUGAAUCGUCAGACGCACCGUCAGAUUGAGGCGAACGGAUUCGAGAUGAGCCACACGAAACAAUCAGUCGGACACAUGUGGUACAUUCUUCGAUCGACGACGGAGGGCUACGCAGUGAAAGAAUGAAUUCCCCCGGAGGAAUAUCGCCGGCCAAAUUUUCUAUGGUUUCUGUUGGACAUCAGAUGGUGGAAUCGAAACCAUCGACACCGUACCGAGCUUGUAGUGUCACAUGCACCUCCGAGAAAAUAAAAAUUAUCCUCAUGGAAUGGAGCU